GGGUUUUUCAUUUUAAUUUUAAAUUAAGUUAUUUUACGUGCUACGAAAGAAAAGCUGAAGUUUUUAUUUUAUAAGAAAUAAACAGAAAAAUGGUUACUUAUGUAAAUUUGAAGGGAUUUGAAGAGUUUGAUCAUUACACAAAUGAUCUCGAAAAUACAAAUUACGCUUUACCAGUGUUUUUCUACUUUACUGGCACUAAACUGCCCAACGGUGAUAGCUGGUGUCCCGAUUGUGUUGUAGCUGAACCGGUGGUAAAAGCAUUUCUUAAUGAAUACAAGAAGCCAGUUACUUUUGUGUCAGUAGAUGUUGGUGUAAGAGAUGCAUGGAAAGAUGUCCAUUGCUUGUUCAGAACUGACUACAGAUCAAGACUGAUGGUUAUCCCGACUAUUAUUAAAUGGAAAGGGGUACAAAGGCUGGAGGGAACACAGUGUGCUGAUGCGGAACUGCUGCAGAUGAUAUUCGAGGAAGACGAGUAAAGAAAUCCUAUUUAAUCCUGAUGAUAUAAUCCAAAAUGUAUGUACUUAACAAAUAUACAUUUAAAUUUAUCAACCUUAUCAUUUAAUUUUUGAUAAGGUUUUUGUAAGAUGUAAAUAUUUUUAAUCACUGUAAUAAAUGUUUUUAUCAA